GAGAGAGAGAGGGAGAGACAGAGUCACACACCAUGUGUGUGUCAGAAAGAGAGAGACGGGCAUCGCUCCUUUAAAUAUGUUGACCCCACUCUAAGUACAUUGCCUUUUUUAAGUAGAUCAGCAAGUUGAGACAGCGGCUGCUGCCAGGAAGCUCCCUUCCUCCUGAGCCCUGUUUGUCCCCGACUCUGUGGAGAUAAGUUGAUUGAUGCUGCAUGACCCCAACCACUCCAGGCUGAAGGGAGUGAAGAUUAGCACGUGCAUGCGCCGUCCGAAGGAGGGAGUGGUGCGCUCCAGCAGGCCGGGAUAGCGUGGGUUCAUCAUCACCUUCAGUUUCUGCAGGGAAGUGUUUGCAGCCACUGCCUGAGUGGAACACCAAGAAGAUUGCCUCCUGAAUGGUUGAAAUUUCUGAGGAAAGCAUUGAGUGACGCCGUGCUGCAGGAGCCAUGUCGCUGCCAUUCCGAAAGGAGUUAGAAAAAUAUAAGAAUAUCAAUGAAGAUGAAAUUCUCAGCAAACUAUCAGAGGAAGAGCUGAAACAAUUGGAACAUGUUCUUGAUGACCUUGACCCUGAGAAUGCACUUCUGCCGGCGGGCUUCCGACAAAAAGACCAGACCAGUAAAGCUGCCACAGGCCCUUUCGACAGAGAUCGACUCCUUUCAUACUUGGAGAAGGAAGCACUGGAACACAAAGACAGGGAAGACUUUGUGCCCUUUACAGGGGAGAAGAAAGGAAAAAUAUUUAUCCCUAAAGAAAAGCCCAUAGAAACCCACACAGAGGAGAAGGUAACCCUGGAGCCAGAAUUAGAAGAAGCCCUGGCCGGUGCCUCUGAUACUGAGCUCUAUGACCUUGCAGCUGUUCUUGGGGUGCACAACAUGGUCAACAACCCACAGUUUGAUGAAGAAGGAACCAGCAGUAAAGAUGGAAAAGGAAGUGUGAGAAAUGUGGUCAAAGGUGAAAAGGUCAAGCCAAUUUUCGAGGAGCCACCGAAUCCAACUAAUGUGGAAGCAAGUUUGCAAAGGAUGAAAGCAAAUGACCCUGGCCUCCAUGAAGUCAAUCUGAACAACAUAAAGAACAUCCCAAUUCCGACGCUGAAAGAAUUUGCCAAGGCUUUGGAAACCAACACCCACGUGAAGAAGUUCAGCCUCGCAGCCACUCGAAGCAAUGACCCUGUUGCUGUUGCUUUUGCAGAUAUGUUAAAAGUGAACAAGACACUGAAGAGUCUAAAUAUAGAAUCCAAUUUCAUCACUGGGGCUGGCAUUCUGGCACUGAUUGAUGCACUAAAAGAGAAUGAAACCCUGACAGAGAUCAAAAUUGACAAUCAGAGGCAGCAGCUGGGGACAGCUGUAGAGAUGGAGAUUGCCCAGAUGCUUGAGGAGAACUCCAAGAUUCUCAAAUUUGGAUACCAGUUCACAAAGCAAGGUCCAAGAACCAGGGUAGCUGCAGCUAUUACUAAAAAUAACGAUCUAGUUCGUAAAAAGCGAGUGGAAGCAGACCGGCAGUAGCCAUGCCUUGGAGGAUGCGAAGAGGUAUUGAAUGCAGCCGACACAACGGCAAUCUCACAACAUCCACUGGUCAGAAGGGAAGACACUGGAAAAUCAUUGUAAUGAAGGUUGCUCAUUUCCGUUACUCUCCCCUUUAACCACUAACAUUGUUAACUUUCAUAUUUAGUUUAAUGUUUAUGAAAAUAUGAUUGUGUUAUUGGAAUAUAUGAAGCUGAUAUCCACAACCUAGGGGUAAAAUAUGUCUUAAAGAGCAUCACCUGGAAUCACAUUGAAUCUUUUGUGUCCUUUUUUUAAAACUCUGUUAAAAAACGAUCGUUUUACAUUGAUAAAGGAUUCUCUAUAUACAAUGGGGCUUUACCACCCUGUCCUGCAAUGCCUUAAGCAUGUGAAUAAUCCUCACUUGUGAGAGUAGUUCCACUGAAGUCAAUGGGCUUCUCAGGUGAGUAGAGACUACUUAUGCCAAUACCGGUUUGCGGGAUCACACCCUUAGGCCCCAAUCCUGCAUUCAGAUCUGUGCAGUUGGGACUCUACACUUGUACAGGGUUCUGCCUUUGUGGAUCCAGAUGUAGGAUGCAUUUGUAAGUAUUGUCAAAGCCUAUUGUUUACAUGUGUUUAAGCUAGGCUGAUCGCGUCAUCAAUAUUACACUGACGUGUAUUCAUACUCCAUGAUGUAAACUAAAAAUAUUAGUGUUGCCAAACCUAGAAUACCUUAACAUUAACAAUGUCACUUUGUUAUUUUUCUAAUCCAUUGAGGAUUUUAAAAAAAAAACAGAAUGCCAGGUUUGCAGCUAUAAAUCUCAUUAAUGGAAACCAGUAUACUGAGCAGUGCUCGUUUUGCUUUGAACCACACUGUUGACUGUUUUUUAAUGUCUGGUAUUUAUGUGCAUUUAUUAGUAUAAAUGACAGAAUUGUUCUCAGGACCGGUUAGAUAAAGAGCGAGUAAAAUAUUUAAUCCAGGGCGGCAGCAGCUCUACCCGGAGAUGGAUAACAAUCAGAAGAGUAACAUGCACCAAUCACCUCGUUUACAUUUUUAGCAUCUGAUUCAACACUCAUUCUCUGUUAAGCAAAGUGCUUAAGCCUGUGCCUGAUUCCAAUGGGACUUUAGCAAUAUUGCUGAAGCACUUUGCUGAAUAAGGAUGGACGUAAGUACGUGUUCCAGUGCUCUGCUGAAGCAGGGCGUUAACCCAGAAUUCUGCACAUUGCGCUGAACACAUGGAAGAUACUUAUGUAGCAGCAAUUAAACCCAGCAACAUUAGAAUGAAUCAGUGGGGUAUUGUGAAAUGAUUGUGUGAAGCGUUUAGUUUGCAAUAUAAUUUCAUUGUAUUGUGUAUAGUUUUAUAGCAUCAGACAUUAAUUUCUAGCCAUAUAUAUGUAUAUAUAUAUUGUCUUUGCCAACAUCUGAGUCUGUUAAAUAGCCGGGGGUUCACUUUGAUCAUAUUUAAAUGUAAUGCAAGAAUUAAGGAAGGAUGCUAUUAACUGGUUUAGCUAUACUCAUUCUUUCAGAAAGCUAAAGGUGUUUAAUUGGGGCCAACAACCUGCGGUACCCUUGAAACAUUAGCCUCUCUUCCCUCUUUCUGACCUACACACGCCCCAUCAUUUGUGCUGGCAAAAGAGUUCUGGCCAGGGGAAUAUGGAAAGGGAACGAAUGGUGCUUUGAACCCGCAGAAGACAUUGGGCUGGGGUCUGUUAAUCAGGAGGGGAUGGAGUCAGGGGAGCAGUCAGGGUGUGUGGGAUAUUCCCCUCUGAACCUGGCAGAUUCCUGAACAGAAAUCUGCCUGCGAGUCAGUGCUGCUUCAGACAGUAUAAAUUCACGCUCUAUCUGUCUAGUCUAUGUCAUCUAUGCCUCUUUUAAAAUGGGUGGGACCAAUGGCAGCACUGCUCCUGAGGGGUGCAGUGUGGGAGGGCUGGAUCUCUGCACUAUGGCCCUGGUUGUAUAAAGCACUUAAGCACAUGCUUAAGUCCUAAUGACUUCCAGACAAGCAUAAGUGCUUUGCUAAAUCAGGGCCUAAGAGUAGUAUCCACAGUACAGCCAUCUUCCCUGAGGAAUCUAGGGUUCUGAGGGGCUUUCAAGGCCCUCUCCCUCCUCCAGUGCAGGGUUAGAAACGCCUCCUCCUCAAGGGAAGAUUGGGAAAGAAAUUCUAUGAGAGGACCUUAUGGAAUUACCAGAGGGUUUUCCCCACCCCCAGGCAGGAUUUGCUGUGAGAAUGGAUAUCGACCCACAUAGUCUUAAAAAAAAGGGAGACCGAAUUCCUUCACAUGGUCCGGAUUGUUCAUACCCUUAUGUGAGCAGUCCUUAAAGCCAAUGGGGCUACUUGCAUGUGUCACAACUAUUCUCGCAUGAUUGUGGGUUUGCAACAUCAGGCCCGGUAUGGGGGAAGGAAUUUGAUUCAAGUAUCCUUAUCCCCAAAGCCAAAGAUUUCUGACAUGGACAAUCUUCAGCCUGAAAAGAAAUUUGUUCUGACUCCCACAUUUUCCCUAUUCCCUUCUUUAGGUUUUUUUUUUUUUUUUGGGGGGGGGGGAGGAGCAGGGGGUUUUCAAGUACAUCUGGCUAUUUUUUUAACAUUUUAAUGAUUUAAAAAAAAAAUCAGUUAUGUCUUUAAUGGGAUCUAGUGUGUUCAGAACAAACAAGCGUGAUGCGUUUAUAGUCUGAACCUCCACUCAAAAUGUAAAUGACACUGUAUUUGCAUGCAGCAGUUCUGUAACGGGUGGAUUGGUAUGGCUGCUUUGUGAUGUAUGGCAGCAUCUCCCCCUGUGUCUAUUUGAGCAGAGCCCUUGUGAGGUGGCUACAUUCAUGUCAGCAACAGUUUGUAACAUUCCACUUGAUGGGCUAAACAAGGAAACAGACUUUGGGAAGUGCGGGUAGUCUCACCUUCCCUUCAUUGUCCAUGACUGCAGGCAUCAUGCACAGAUAGCUGUUUUCUAAGAGCGUGACUCUUCAGGCACUGAGUUUCUCCUAUUAAGAGCCAGAUGGUGCCCAUGCUGGGGGUGGCCUGGGGACAUUUAAUUCUGGGUGUGGGGUAGGAAAGGGAUCGGGGAGACAUUGUGUAUACUGGAGCUUUCCAGUGCAUGACAUCCCUUCUCUGGCCUGCCAGCUCUGCUAGCUGGCUUGGGGUCAUAGCUGUGCCUCCCUUCUGCCCCUUUUUCUCUCUUUUGGAGGGUUUGCUCCCGAGGGGGCACUUGCAGGGAACAGUCCUUGGCCUCAGGAAAGCACAGGGACUGCAGUGGCACCAAGUGACUGCCCAGGAGUCAUGAAGGGACCUCCCCUUCUUGCACAUCCGCAUGAGGGCUGGCCAUGAUCUAGCCUUAAGCAUUUUAUAGUGAACAUAGUGACAAACAAUGUAUGAAAAUAUAAGGCUGUAUUCACUAUAGCUAUAGCGAAUCUAGUGCAGUUAUCGGCAGUCUAAAUAUUAACCUUAAAACAGAAGCAGUUGGCCAGUUAAAAUCCCCUCUACUUGUAUUAAGGGGGUUAAUAUUUGACUGGGUCAUUUUUAAGUACAAUUCCAAGCAGAUGGUCAUAUUCCCAAUCAAGUAGCUCUGACACUGGGGCAUAAAUCGAGGUCCCCUUUUUAAACAAAACAAAGACUGGGAGUAGCUGGACUCAUUUGCGCAUUGCUUCUCAUGUUGAUAGUUUGGGUUUUGUUUGUAUUUUUUAUAACAUUUUUCAUGAAAAAACUCAACAUGUGCAUAUCCUAACAUUUGUGCGUGUUGUAGAGUGCACUAAGGAACGUGAAGUGUAUGUGUUAAACACUAGAAGAAAAUGUUUGAUCUGGAAUAUAAAUGAUUGCAUGUGCACAGCGUGGUGCAUUUUACACAAGGGAAGGGGAAUCACCAGAAUAUGUAGCAGUGACUCCCAAACACCUUGGCUUUUAUAAAUAAACCUUCAUAAGGAAA